AUGAUUAGCUUGAAACAAGGCUAUAAGAGAAAUCGCCUUCGUCAGGGCGAAUCACGUCUUCAGAUCCUUCAGUGGAAUGCUGGAGGGAUGUCACAGGACAAAAAGAUUCAAGUUCAGAAAAUCCUACAAACCUAUGAUGUAGACACUUUCACAAUUAUGGAAGCAAACAUUUCGGAUGACAAACUGAAGUGCUACCAAUUCCCAGGUUUCACCCUGUACCUUCUACUUAAAUACCGGCAAGUUGCAAGUGGAAUUCUAACUGGAGUAAAAGAAGGCCUCACCUCACACUACGAUCUAAUCAAGAUCUAUAAUCCACCCCAGAAUUGUCUUAACUUUGACUUUCUGAACAUCUCACACAAAACUGUAGUAUUAGGAGACUUCAACGUCCAUUCCACCAGAUGGGGCUACAAGGAUACAGACAUAUCUGGAAAGGAAAUUGAAGACAUGCUAAACAGCAACCCUCUGGAACUUAUUUACAGCAGUGAGGAUCCGGCUACAUAUUUGCACUACAAUGGAACCAGAACAACUCCUCACUUGCUCCUGGCUUCAAGCGACAUCAGCGAGCACACACGCCGCAACAAAAUUGACGAUCCUGGUUCUGACCACAAACCAGUCAUUGCUAGUAUUACCAUCGGCAGCAAAAGCAUGACAAGGAAAGUGCCGACAAGCUAUCAUGAAACUUCAAGAAGGCUGACUGGCCUAGAUUCACAAACCUUUUAG